CAUCCCGUAACGUCCGUCCGUCCGCGCGGAUCGCGCUCUUGACGUCGCGUAGAGAGCAGCGGUAGAGAUAAAAAGCGGCUGCCGAGGUGUGUGCCCGCGCGAAGAGGAACACGGCCCUCUUCUCAGUUCUCUCUCGCACGCGCGUACGCGUGUGAGCUCGCCGUGAGAAAAAUCUAAUCCGUGGACCCGAGGGAUUCAUUGGGAUUCAUCAGCGGGGGUCCGGAUCCGCACCGGUCGCCCGCGCGACCCCCCCUGGGGGGAGGGCUCCGUUGACUCCUGGAUCAUCUUCUCUACUUGCGCUCCGAAUACGGAAACGGGCGAUUCCUCCUCCCUCCCCCGGCUCUCCCCCCCUCCCCAGCGAAUGACACAUCUCGGUGGAACGAACCGAAAUCGUAAACCGAGGAUAGCAAGAAUGUCUGUGCCACCACCGCCACCGCCUCCGCAGGCUGGCGCUUCUGCUGGCCCGCCGAUGGGUGAUAACAGAGGUUUAUUACUACAAUCUAUAAGAGCAGGCAAAACUCUGAAGAAGACUGUUACCGUGGAUAAGAGCGUACCUGCAAUCGCUGGGAGAAUAAAAGGCGAAUCGUCGAGCUCUUCGUUAAGCAAUAACAGUAGUAGAACUAAUAGUUCUAAUGCAAUCAGCAGCAGCAGCAGUUCUAAUUCUAGUAAUGGUGGGCCCAUGUCGCUCGGCGGUUUAUUCGCGGGUGGUAUGCCAAAAUUAAAACCUACAGGACUGAGAGGACACAUGACCGAGAAAGAGGGACAAAGUGUAAAUAAUUCUAGUUUUCUUCACUCGUCACCCGGGUCGUCCCACAGUGUAAAACGCGGCCCGCCACCAGUUCCGCCACCAGCCGCGCAGAAACCGCAGUUAUUCAGUCAGGGGCAAAGCAGCACCGAUUCCGCGACGAGCACUCCGGAGGUCACGCCCAGAGGAUUCGGGAAAUCAACCAUUGUGCCUAAACCAGUGUCUGCCACCUUGCACAAACCGUCACCGCCGCCUAAAAAGCUGAAUUUAACGAGUAGCGCGAGCGUAGCGAGAGCACAAAGCAUGCGAUUACCGCGAUCGCCACCGGUCCUGGUGCCAACAACACCAUCUUCUCUGCACCAGUCGCAGGAUUGUUUGAAUGAGGCCACCACGCCGCAGCCCAUGAGACCCGUGAAUAGAAUUCUCAGGCCUCCCGUGACGAGGCCACCGUCACCGCCGAUCUCGCGAGUGAUCGUGCCUACAGCGAGACCAUCAUCGCCGCCAGCACCACCGGCCUCGCGGUCACACACGUUGCCUGUGACAGCCAUGAGAGCGGCGCCGCCGCCACCGUCGAGAAUUACGGUGACCGCGCCAUGUAUGCCACCACCACCACCACCGCUUCCUCAUCGUCCCGCACCCACGCAUCAAAGACUAGCACCGCCGCCGCCCCCGCCACCGACGCCUCCUACUAGAAGUCUGUCGGUCCGCAACGGCGGCGUUCAAGCUGGUUCUGUCGACUUGGAAACGCGAUUUGCUGACAUGUUUCAUACUGUGUCAAGUUUUCCGCCGCCAGAACCCUUCAGGGGCUUCACCAAGGUUUAUAGUAGCAGGAAUGCAGCAAAACAACAAGCACCAGCUCCUCCACUUCAAUCGUCUUCUACUCCUAGCACACUGCAUUCGUUAAAUACUUCGUCUGGGAGUAAACAGUGGCAACACAAUGCGACUUCUUUGGCAUAUUGAAAUCUGUGCAUACUUAAAUCAUUGCUCCGUGCAUUGAUUAUUGUUUAAACACUUCUCGAUGCUGCCACAAUAAAAUAAAAUAUUAAGUGAGCGUGAAAAGGUGUGAAUCGGCAGAGUAUAAAAAGUUUGAGCGAAAGAGAUUCCGAAUUCGCGAACCCAGUUAUACAAUAAAACGUUUUAGACAAUAUUUUCUGUACAGUUUAUCUUAGAAGAAAG